UACCACGGGCUUCAUUACAAUUAUCCUACUUAAGGAAUUUUAAAAAUUACGUAUAAUAAAAACAUUUUGACAAAAACGUAAUGCGUUUUGGGUAAACUUGCAUCUGUUUAGUGCAAUGAUUGUUGAAGAAGAAGAUUCCCCAGAAGUUAGGCAAAGAAAUGAGAUACAAGCUCUACAAGCUAUUUUUACAAGUGAUUUUGUUGCUGUGAGUUUGUCUCUGAGCAAUGAUGAAUGGAUCCCCCCAGAAUUCAUUUUGUUAUUGAAACCUCAGAAAGGACUUUCCCAAGAUGAAGUACAUGCAACAGUUCAGUUACGUGUCAAGUUCUUUAGUGAUUAUCCUCAAUCCCAACCUUCGAUAAAAUUAGAGAAUGGGCAAGGCAUCUCAUCAAGAGAUAUUGAAACUCUGCAACUUGAGUUGGAAAAGCUGUGCAAAGAUGGUGUUGGGGAAGAAGUUACCUUUAACUUGGCUGAUCAUGCUCAAAGAUUUUUAGCAGAGAGAAAUGUGAAACCAAGAUUCCAGUCGUUUCAUGAAGAAAUGUUGGCAACACAACGAAACACAAUAGAAAAAUCUGUCAUAGAAGAAAGAACCAGACAAGUGAAAGAAGAUGAACAACAGCUCAUUGCAUUCUGUGAAGAAAUCCAAAAGAAGCAACCAGCUUUGUUAAGUGAACUUAGAAGAAUAACAAAUUUAAAUACAAAUCAACUUCCAUUUUUGGAAAUCAACUUUGCUUCUUCACAGACCAGUACCAAAAAUGAACAGUUGAACAUACAAUCUACAACUUUAGAACAAAGGCAGUGCAAACAUCCAAAGCUGGAAAAAGUGUGUUUUUCGAACAGGGAUGGAGGUCGAGUUUACCAUUGCGGACCGUGUAUGGGAACAUGUCGGCCAAACAGGUAUAUUUGCGCUGCAGUAGAAACUAAUCUUAAGGAAGCUGCGAUUAUUACAACCUACCAGAUUUCAUGUACCAACUCGGAAUCUCGCCGCAAGCAAAUAUCGCUGGUUGAACAGGAGUUCCGAUUAUUACAACGUAACAUUCGACACCAAUACCUGGUACCCUUGUUAGCCUUUAAAUGGGAAAUGUCCGAAGACGAAGAAUGUUUUUAUCUCCAUGUUGCCGAGCAGUUUGUUCUUGGAUUAUCGCUGAAUUUCUUUAUCAGUAGAGGCCUAAGCCUUAGCGUUGAUAUUUUGCGCCAUAUCACCAGCAGCGUUCUUCAAGCGCUUCAAGUUCUACACAAAGCGAACGUCGUGCAUAAAAAUCUUCGUCACAGCAGCAUUUAUUUGGAUAACGUUGGGGAAAUUCGAAUCGGGGAUUAUAGUCUUGAGUCCAGGAUCAACGAAAUUUUUUCCAUUCAAGACGAUCGACCGUCCCUAGCGAUGUAUCCUUCAGCCCCUGGAAGAGGAGGGAAAAGAGGAGAUAUUCAUCGACUGGGAAUUCUACUUUGGACUCUAUAUCAGGGGAACAUCGUUCAUCGGUGGGAUCGUUUGAAACUCCCUUCAUCUAUGCCGCUUUUGCUUAGAGAUUUCAUUGGAAAAUGUAUGGGGUCCGAUAUGGAAAAGGAUCGAUUGAAUAUAGAUGACCUGUUGUCCCAUGCAUUUCUCAAGGUACCGGCAUUUCGUGAAAACCAAGAACAAGAGGAGAGCAGAGAAACAGAUGAAUAUCGCUCUGUUGCUCCCCUUGUAGCGUCUGCAAUGGAUCUGCCUCAUGUCCCAUCAAGGUUACUCAGUGAGUUUGAGACGCUGCAAUUUUUGGGUUCUGGUGGUUUUGGAGAUGUUCUUAAAGUCCGAAACAAGCUCGAUGGCAACAUUUAUGCCAUUAAAAGGAUCUUACUGGAUGCCAAAAGUCGGCAACUCAACAAAAAAAUCACACGCGAAGUAAAACUUUUGUCACGGCUUAAUCACGAAAAUAUCGUCCGUUAUUACAACUCAUGGCUGGAAACUGUUCACGAUAAUUCGCCUUCGCGCCCAGAACAUACUGAAAAUCGGGGUGACCAAAAACCUAAUGGAAUGAAAGCAGCAAAUGCUGGCGAAUCCGACUUUUCGGAUUCUUCUUCACCGACAAGAGGCCCGUGGUUUAUCAAGCCCCAAGAAAUGAGUUCAUCCGGUGGAAUUGAAUUUGAUACAGACGGUUCACAAAGCUCCUCUUCGGAAGAAGAGGAAUCUUCAAAAGAAGAAGACACUGUUGAUGCACCUAAUUCUUCAUGUCGCAGUCUUCAAAGUAUGUACAUUCAAAUGGAAUAUUGUGAGAAAAGCACCUUAAGGACCGCAAUCGAUUCCGACCUUUUCCGUGAUAAAUCACGAAUCUGGAGAUUAUUCCGUGAAAUCGUAGAAGGGUUGGCAUACAUCCAUCAACAAGGAAUAAUCCAUCGCGAUCUUAAGCCGGUCAAUAUAUUUUUGGACUCGGAAGAUCGUGUAAAAAUAGGAGAUUUCGGUUUGGCGACAUCUAGUCCGCUUACAACCUUACCUACGGUGGUAACCAUUGAUGUUUUGGACGGUGGCCCUCACAUAGCACUAUCCAAUGACAAAUCAAGUGAAAUUGCUUCAAACUCGGGACAGCUCACAGGCCAAAUUGGGACUGCGCUUUAUGUUGCCCCUGAAUUAAAAGCUAGCUCAGGCAAAGCAAACUACAACGAAAAAGUUGACAUCUAUAGUUUGGGAAUAAUAUUUUUUGAGAUGUGUCAUCCCCCACUCAUGACUGGUAUGGAAAGAAUAAAAGUUCUGAGCUCUCUUCGCUUGCCAGAAAUUGUGCUACCACAUUCAGAGCACCUGACCGGCAAAGAGGUUCAGUUGAUCAAUUGGUUAUUGAACCACAAUCCAACUGCACGCCCUUCGUCUACAGAGCUGCUCCAAUCUCCGAUUUUACCUCCCCCGCAACUAGAAGAGGCUGAACUACAAGAGAUGGUCCGCCAUACGCUAUCGAACACACAGAGCAAAUCAUACAAGCAUUUGGUGGCAUCGUGUUUUCAACAAAAAAUGACACUCUCAGAAGAUCUAGUAUAUGACAUGGAUAUGACUUCCUCAGCUGGACUACAACAAACGGCAUGGAUUUUCCAGACUUUACAAGAAGUCUUUGUUAAACACUGUCAGCGGAGAGGAGCAAUUUACUUCAAGACCCCAGCAUUAUCACCUAAGGGAGCCAAAUCGCAACAGCAUGGGUCUUCCCAAGUUCUUUUGAUGAAUCAUGCGGGUAGCAUAGUGACUUUAGCAGCUGAUCUUCAGACCCCUUUUGCCCGUUUUAUCUCCCGCUCCAAUAUCACUUGGCUAAAACGUUAUUGCACAGAUUACGUUUAUAGCGAAAGAAAACUUGUUGGCCUUCACCCCAAGUCUAGCGCGGAAUUCGUGUUCGAUAUUGUAACGCCCACGCCAUCCUCAGCGCUUGCGGAUGCAGAGGUUUUGGCCGCAAUUUCAGAAGUGUUCUGUGAUCAACGUUUGAAGAUUGAGAGAAAAAUAACGCUUCAGCUGGGCCAUCAUUUACUGCUAAAAGCUGUUUUGAUUCAUUGUGGGAUCGCUGAAGACAAGCGUCCAGAACUCUGUCAGAUUCUUAAAAGCCGCUCAAAAUCCGAAGGACAAGUUCAAAACAAAAUAGCCAAAUUAGCUAUAUCACGCCAAUCGGUCGACAUGCUUUUGAAUUUGUUAGAAUUGGAAGGAAGCGUAGCCAAGGUUACAGCGGCGCUAACAAAUUUAAGUAGUCGGAAGGGAGAAGCAGCAUGUUUAGCAAAACAAGCGCUGCAUGAGCUUGAUGCCAUCGUCACCCACGCCGAGUGCAUGGGAUUACGAAACUCCUUUAGCAUUCGUAUCGACACGGCACUCCAAAAUUAUAAUACUCAUUCCGGUAUGGUCUUCCGCUUUGUUUGCCAAACAAACCUGAAAAGAAACAAGAUUGACGAUGUUUUAGCAACCGGUGGUCGUUACGAUGCCCUGGUAAAAUCUUUUCAGAAUCCACUUAUCGUCCGACGUAAAGCAGAUGGCGAGCCGGUGAGUCAACCAUCGGUUGUUGGGGGUAUGAUUCAUAUGGACAAAGUUGCAACGAUCUUGAGAGAAUCUGAGGUGCUUGAAGAGCGCGUGAUCGUGUAUGCGGCCAUCUAUACGGUGGGAUAUCUUCCUGACACCAAAGAACAGGCAUCGUUAGUUAAAGAUUUGUGGAACAACGGGGUUCGCGCAACCGUAUUAGACCAUUGUCAAAGCUUGGACGAAGCCCAGAUUUGGUGCAGAGAAAAAAAGGUUCCUCAUAUAGUAAUUCUGAAGGAUUCUGAAGCAGGAUCAGCUAGGUUGAAAACGUGGGAAAAAGAUCGAUACACGGAAAGGAAAAUGGCAUUAGGUGAAUUAAUAGACGUCUUAAAGAACUGUGCUGAAUCGGCCAGUGAUACAACCGAUAGCUCAACUUCAUAUACGCGCCAAGAUUGUGCCAACAGAAGUAAUAGCUUAAGUGAAACUUGCAGCAGUCAAACAGCGAUUAGCUCGCUUGGUAUAGCGGGUAAUCCGGUUGUCAACUUUCACAUUGUAAUCGAGGAAAAACUUCCGGUUCACGCAAGGAAACGUUACGAAAAACAGAUUCUUAAGCAUAUUCAAGCAACCCUUCAAAACUUCCAUUCACGGGUGCAAGUGGAUAUUGUUGCUAUUGAAGCAACAGCUGCCGUCAUCCAGUCGUUGUUGAUUGCUCUCUAUGUCGAUCCUACGGAUGCCAAAGCAGUAGAACAGGCAAUCGGUGUUGUCGUUGAUAAGCACCGGAGGCAACGCAAAUACUUGCAGAGGAUAUACGAGCAACUGCUUCAACUCAAAUUUGAAAAACAUGUUACAGUUCUAAUGAUAUAUGGGCUACACGACAAUUCUAGUAGAAUUUGUAUGUAGUUUGUGUACAUAAAAGUAAAGUAAAAAGUCUUAUAUUUUAUUGCUUUUGAAGACAUAAUCAUUGUGUUAUGUUUGAUGUUGGUACUAUGGUCAAUAUCAUGUUCAUGUUUCAAAAGUGUUUUAUGAAAUUGCAAAUAAAACCAUUAUGUCUU